AUGGUUGAGGUUCUGCAUGCCUCUUUCACUGACUACUUGUUCGAUAAAUCCCGAUCGCAAAAGUUCUACAUCGAACUUAGCCACCAUGCGACCUAUUUUAUGAGAAUGAGUUGCCGUGUCUCGGUCACGGACACUAUUCAAACGGUGAAAAGAAGAUUGAUCCAAGCAGAUGUACGGUCUUUUUGUCGGCAUGCAAGACCAACUGAGGAGCUCUUUGAGGAUUUAUUGUCAGGUUUCAAGUUUCUUGCAGAGGGACAUGAAAACAUACAGAAACUCGGACCAUAUAAUCUAGCCAUGGCAGCCUCUAACAGAGAUCUCAUCCGCAUUGCAGUGAGAUAUUUGGAGUACUUUAGUCUCCUCAAGAUGAGUUGUCCAAAUCUGAGCGCAAACAUCCAUGAACGCUAUCGAGAACACGUCAAGCGGUUCAUUGAGUCUCAGAUCGAACUCUAUCGGUCAGAUGAUGUCCUCAUCACCCUUCUCGUUCUUUCACUCGUGAACUUGUCCAUGAUGAGAGAACUGGUGGUGCGGACAUUGUUUUCGCCGCAGCUUGAAUUCCCCGACCACAUAGCUGUGAUCAAAGUUGAUGAUUCGACCGUUGAAUUCAUCGAAAGCACCCUCAAAGACCUCAAAGAUGGAGACUUCACCAGAACGGCAAAAGUGAUGGUAUCUUCCCUUGUUCAUGCUACCACGAAGGAUGGCUGCGGUUCCUUUGAUCACGCCUUUGCAUUGGCGUCUUUACCUUAUCUUCUGCAGAAGGCUUCCAAUGACCCCAAAUUGAUUGCUCUUCUGCAGGCAAUCGAGCUCCCCCUCCAAUCAAUCAGCUUGGAUUCGUGUGAUUAUGAUGGCACGUGUCUUAAGGCAGAGCGAUUUAGAUCCGAAUCGAUGGUCGGCGACGAAUCUCAAACCAGUGGCACCGACAUAACAGAAAAGGACGCCAAAGUUGACUCUAAAGAAACACCCGAAGCUAUUACCACCAUCACGGAAGGGGAGAACCAAGAACGUCCCCAGCGUGCAGGCGGUUUGAGCACGACUGGCCCAGAAACAACGACCGCAGGAGAGAGAGCAGGAGCGGAAAUGGCAAACGGAAGUGAUGGCGAAAAUAUGGAGAGAGCUUGUGGAGAAAUCGAGCAGCGAGAUGUAAUUCAAGUCACCGCGCCACUCAGGAAGGCUAGGUGGGCGCGGUUGUGGGCGCGAGUACAGAAGAAAUUCCGGCACUAUGUCGGGUAA